ACGAGCCUAGAAAAGGUUUCUUCGUUCCAAAUAGGCGCACCUACAGAAGUACUGAUGUAAGAAAAAUGAGUACCAAUAGCAGCAGUUAUAGGGCAGAGCGACUAGACAAUCCUGAGGAAAGCCUGUUCAUUGCCCUCAUGAAAGAAGAGUGGGACAAGGUCGUGGAAAUUUUUGAGCAACAUACAGUGAUGUUUCAGGAUAAAAAGAUGGGCAAUAUGAUGAAAGCGACAAAUGAGAGACCCAAUUUGCGCUAUGAUGAGUCAUGGUCCGACACUGCGUUGCACUGGGCUAUCACUAAUGGGGCGCCAGAAGAUAAAGUUGAGAGACUGGUUAGUAAAAUAGAGAAGACUGGUAAGGCUUUGGAGACUCUGAAAGUUAAGAAUAGUCGAGGAGAUACCCCUUUGCACUGUGCAGCCUCACGUGGCUCUCGAGCAAUUUGCAGUCGAAUUACACGUGUCGACAAGUCAUUGGUUCGUGAGCGUAACAACGAGGGAGAGACACCCCUCUUCUCGGCUGCUCUUAAAGGUCGCCAACUAAUUCACGAAUAUCUGCAUUCAAUUUGCCAUGAGGUGGAUCCGUCGUUACCCUCUGAAUUGUGGACAAGAAGCAACGGAGAUACUAUACUUCACUGCACGAUUCGGAGAAAAGAAUUUGAUUUGUCAUACCGAAUAGUUGAGCUUUACAAAGACCAACAGAUCGGUCGCUUUUUCAAUACAGACGGACAUUUACCUCUGAACGAGCUUGUCAUGAUUCCUUCUGCUUUUCAGAAAGGUAUUCUUCUCAUCAGAUGGUGGCAAAAGCUGCUCCACUUCAUCAGUUACCGUGGGAAACUUCGAGAGAAUCAUAUUUUUGUUGCUCGUCUCAUGGACGAACUUGUAAAACAAGAUCCUUGGUAUCUGGAAAACAAAAAUGCAAAGGACAUCACUGAUAUUGUGAACAUGAGGCUUUAUCCGUUCAUGGAUAGUAUCAUUCAAGGAGGCAGAGUCAAAAAAUCAACGGCACUGUUAAUAGCCGCUCAAAAUGGUCUGACUGAGCAGGUGAAGAAAAUCCUACAUGAUAUUCCUGUGUCUAUCCAUGACCAAUUACUUUAGGAAAGGAAGAAUAUAGUACAUGUGGCCAUUGAGGAAAGGCAAAGUAAUGUGUUAGAGGAAGUAAAGAAACACCAACGUUGGAAAAAAUUGAUAGAAAAGGUGGAUGCUCAUGGUAAUAAUGCAUUGCAUUUGGCAGCAAAGCAGUCAAAAUAUAUAGCAAGUGGAAUACGUGGAUCUGUUAUGCAAAUGCAAUGGGAAGUUAUGUGGUUUGAGUAUGUGAAAAACAGCAUGCCAUCUUAUGACUUCAUGUCCCAACGCAAUGAAAUGAAUGAGACUCCGUGGGACAUCUUCACCAAGGAGCACACGGAACUUAUGAAGGAAUGUAAUGAAUCAGUAAAGGACACGUGUGGAUCUUACAUUGUUGCAGCUACUCUGGUUACUGGUUCUGCCUUUUCUGCAUGUUUCCAGCAGGACAUUGAUAGAUUUGGUCAAAAAUUUUCUAUCUCCUUGCUACUUUCAUUUCUCUUCUCUAUCGCUUCAUUGACUACUUUUCUAGCCAUUUAUAUCUCUAGAAAGGAACCCCCCAAAGGUUUUCGUCGAAGUUUGCCGUUGAAACUUUGUAUGGACAUCAUUUCAUUCCUCGCAUCACUUGUCUCAAUGUUGAUUGCUUUCUAUGCUGCACUAUCCUAUGACUUUCGACCUCAAGAGGAGUAUAAGCCUAUCAUAUCCUAUGGGGUCAUUUUAUUACCAGUAGCAUUGCUAUACACAUUUGCCCAGCUUCCAUUAUAUUGGCAUCUUUUCAAAGUCUCAAUUAUUACAAAGGUGCCGAACCCAAGAAUUGUGGAAGAAGAAAGCAUAUCACGUUUUUUCCCCGACUUGAGAACAGAACAAGAAGAUCAUAACCUGCCCAAUGUAAGAGAUGA